UACAAUUAGAAACUACAGAUAAUCACAACCAAAAUAGAAAUGUUCCUUACAGCAUUGUCUUUUGUAGGAGCAAUCCUUGGGUUUGUCUUUCUUGUGCUAUCCAUCGCAUCUGGUCUCUACUACGUAUCCGAACUCGUAGAAGAGCAUUCAGAGCCUACCAAACGGUUCCUCAAGAAGGUUAUCUAUACCAUCAUCGGAUUAUUUGUAUUGUUAUACUUGUUUGAUUCUUUCCCAUUGAAACUUUCCUUGUUCUCCAUAUUUUCAUAUUAUGUUUAUUUACAGAACUUGAACAAGUUUCCAUACGUACAACUCACAUCUCCGGUGUUCUUAGCAUCUUGUAUUUUGGUAGUGGCCAACCAUUUCCUCUGGUUUAACCAUUUCCAUCAUCCAGUGAUCCCACCAUUAGAGGUCAGAUUGAGACAUGAUUACGUCCCACCACAUAUCCCAUCUUUUGUGGAAGUAUGUCUGUUCUUUGGAAUAUGUGUAUGGUUUGUUCCAUUUGCCUUGUUUGUCAGUUUGAGUGCACAUGACAACUUGUUACCUCUGCAUGACACAAUGGCCCCUUCUCCUUCAAGUAAGAAGAAAAAUAAUGGAUUGGCCAAGGUCGUAGUAGCGAAGGUAAGAGAUUAUGUAUAUAGUGCAGCAAGAACCGUUGGUUGGGAGUUGGAUAAAGAGCAUGGCCGUAUUAUAUAG